GCCGUUUCAAGGAAACGCGGCCGUCGACGAUGUCUAUACGCGUGAGUGGCGUAUACCUGGUGCCUAGCCCGGCAGCCAAUGAGCCCGGUAACGAGAAACCAAGUAACCUGUCGGUGGAGAAUAACCUGCACCAGCAGCACCAUCACCAUCACGCCGCGAAGACCGUCACGAUCGUCGCGGGGCCACAGAGGAGCAACAGCCUUGAUUAUCUGAACUUCGAGGAGAAACGACAGAUCAUCGCCUCCUCGUUGUCGCUCAGUGAUUUCUUGGCUCAUGGGCCGGCAGCGGCCGCAGCUGCCGCUAAGGAGGUCGCCGCCAACACGGUUAUAGCGAAAAAGCAAAAUGGGGCGGCCUUGCGGACAAAUAGUUUGGGCUCAGGGGCGAGGACACCACCUCUCGAAAGGAAAAGCAAAUUUUCAGCCCUCGGUAGACUCUUCAAACCGUGGAAGUGGAAACGGAAAAAGAAAUCGGAUAAAUUUGAGGCUGCCUCAUUGUCGCUCGAGAGGAAAAUCUCUGUACGAGCUAGCAGAGACGAGUUGGUACAAAAAGGAAUCCUGCUGCCCGUCAUAAGGUCCACGUCGUUUCCGGAAAAUGAGACGGCAAGCGACUCGCCUGACGGCCAGAAACCGCCGACGCCGCAGCAGACGCCCCAGCAACAGCAGCAGCAACCUAACGUUGGGGGGAUCGGUAAUGUUGGCGGAGGUACUCCUGCAGCAACACCCACGUCCACGGGUAACGUACAACAAUCCCAACAAUCCCAGCAAGUAGCAUCGGCCACGCCGACCCCUACGACUGCCAAUCCGCAUUCUACAGGACCGCCCAGCAAUCAACCCUCGCCGCAUCCCUCGCCCCUUUAUCCGGGGAUACCGCAGCCUGGCCAACCCAACGGCAGUACGCAAGUGAUCGCUGGAUCACCGUGA